AUGACGGCAAGUUUGGAUCAACUGGCUGCGGUCGCGCAGUUUGAAUUAAGCACCAAAAUGCAGUCAAUAGUUGAUAUGUAUGGUGGUAAUGUUAACUGUGAUAAAAACAGUGAACAAAUCAACGAAAAUCAUCAGCAAUGGUCGAUGAGCAACGGUGAUAUAUCAAAGCAUAAUGUUAUGGCUACGAACGAUAAUGAUGCGGUUAAUGUCACUGAUAAUGGCAGUGAUACGCGUUCUCCGCGUGAAACUUCAACCGUUAACACACAAAUACCCAUUCCUGCUACCUUAUCAUCUUCUAUACCACCGGAUUUACCGUGCUCGGUGAUUGUUCCAUCAUCGAGUCUAUCAGAUGACACUGAAGUUGCAUCGCACACUCCAAGCAGUGUUGGUACAAGUCCGUCCUUAUCGAACGAAAGCCAUCAUCAACACGAUGUUGUCUCAGCUGUUGAUAGUUCGUCAACAACUCAACAAGCCACACAAAUGAAGGAUUUAUUGAAAAAUGAGACAAAUGAUUCUUUCAAAGAAGACGACAGUGACAGUUUAACUCAGUCAGGUAGAACUAGUGUUGACGAAUCAAAACAAGGUGUUAUCGCUACCGGUGCUCGUUUCAACAGUUUUGCUGAAUUCGAAUAUGCGUUUGAUUUGUGGAAACAAAUGUAUCAUCAUCCGUUUCGUGUCGCAAGUUCGGAGACACUGAGGCAGCCGGAUGGAACAACGAACGAUACGUUCAAGUAUCGUUAUAUCGUUUAUCAUUGUGCACAUUACGGACAACCCAGAAUGAGAGAAUCAGCACCAGCACAUCCCGGCGUCUGUCCACGCAGCAGACUGUACAACCAAUCGGUCAAGGCUGCACCUGGCUCGAUGAAGAUGACAUCUUUAUAA